UAGAUUACCUAACCCACAUUUGCUAUAACAUUAUAAGUUUUAACAAUUGAAGGUUCUCUGUCUGUUCAUUGCUAAUUGGAAAUAAUUGACGCUUCUAGUAAUAGGUAAUUGGAGUAUUUAUUUAAAGAAUCGCGGUGUUUGAGCUGAGGUGUAAUCUGUGGGUGGAUCAUGAGAGGGAUUGCUCGUGCGUUGUGUGUGGUGUGUGUGGUGGGCCUAGCACGGCCGCAGACUCUGAAUAGCAGUGAUGCUAAUGUGGACCCCGUCUCGCGACAGCUGUUCGACUACCGAUGGCGGAAACAGCGUCCUGAUCUCCUGACGAUAUCCUCAGGGGAGCCGGUGUACUUCGACCAGACGGUGGCGUUGAACAGCGUGUUGCUCAACAACCGCUACGUGGUGGAGUCCCUGCAGCACGCCGUCAAUGAGCGCACCCCCGACCGGGAGGUGUUCGCCAAGGGAACCGGCGCACACGGCUACUUCGAGGUCACCAAUGACGUCACCAAGUACACGAAAGCAAAGCUAUUCGAGAAGGUCGGCAAGAGGUCAAGGAUUCUUGUUCGGCUGUCAGUGUCGCAGGGGGAGAAAGGAACUACUGAUCUGAACCCAGUUGCUGGCAAAGGCUUUUCUGUUAGAUUCUACACGGAAGAGGGAAAUUUUGAUCUGCUGGGUCUUAAUACACCCGUGUACUUCUACAAAGAUCCAACGCUGUUCAGAGAGUUUGUACACGCUUUCAGGCCAAACCCGAAGACUUUCAUCAGGGACGGACAUACAGCGGUAGAUUUUGUGACGUUCAACCCAGUUUCUCUGCACACUAUUCUGUGGCAGCUUUCUGAAUAUGGAUUACCGAGAGGAUUCAGACACAUGCACGGGUUCCCUUGUCACACUUAUGAAUUGUAUAACGAGCACGGUGAAAGUUAUUUCGUUAAGUUUAAAUUCAUAGCUGAACUAGGGUUCGACUCCUUCAGCUUACUAGAAGCAUCGACUAUUACAAGUUUUGAUCCCGAUUUCUUCAUUAGAGAUUUGUACAACUCUAUUGAAAACAAAAAUUAUCCUGCUUGGCGGUUUGAAAUGGAUGUUUUGAAUACUUCCGAUUUGAGGAAGCUGAAAUUCGAUCCGUUUGAUGUUGCAAGACUCUGGCCGAACGGUACUUACACCACAGUUGAAAUUGGCCGCUUAGUUCUAAACCAAAAUGUGAAAAAUCAAUUUGCUGAAGUAGAACAAGCUGCUUUCAACCCGACUAACUUAGUACCCGGAAUUAUAGAACCUCCAGAUCAGCUAUUCAGAGGCAGAGUAAUAGCUUACAAUGACGCCCAGAUACACCGAUUGGGAAUUAACCGCAACAAAAUCAAUAUAAACUGUCCCAUGUACGCAAAGACUUACAACAGAGAUGGCAUCCCUCCCACUUUAGAUAACGAAGGUGUUGCAGUCAAUUAUUACAGGAACUCAUUUAACGGCCCCAUACCAUUGCUAGACAUAGCAAGACCUCGGCGUCAAUUGAUUAUUGAACAAAGUAGUGCAGUAGACCUCCAGGACUGCUGGCGCUUUUACAACGAAGUCUUAGUCACAGACGCUCAGAAGCAAAGACUGGUGAAUGCUGUAGUGAUGGUGGCUAUACGAGUAAAGACAACACUUCAGAAGAAGCUAGUCCGGCUGCUGCGUCAGGUCAACCCCAAGUUAGCAGCCAGAUUCGUGGCUACAAUUGAUGUUUUCAAGAAGACCGUGAGACUACCACAAGUAGUAGAGGAAAUUAAUAGAACAAAUCCUAAUCCAUUUAGCAAUGUAACUAUGUCAUAAUCAUACAUGAAGAUAUUCGAAUCUCUAAAUCUUUAAUAAUAAAUUGCGCGUCUUUUAUUCAGGUGUACGUAAAUUUAUAUUAUUAACAAAAUUUACCAAUACUAACUAUAGUUUUAAUAUGU